AUGUUGACAUACGAAAGUAUCACGAUUGGUCAACGUGUGGAGGUUUUACACAACAAUCAACUCUUGCUUGGAAAAGUUCUUUACAAAGGACCAGUUGUUAAUCGACGCGGGUUAUGGAUUGGUGUUGAUUUGACUACUCCGCAUGGAGAUAAUGAUGGUACUUUGAAAGGCCGAGUUUAUUUUCGAGCGCCAAUGAACUAUGGUCUCUUCACGACGAUUGAUAAUGUUCGAUUAGCAUCGGACUUUUCACGGAAACCAAGAUCAAAAUAUCGAACAGUGAACAAAAAGAGUGUUGUUGAAGAGGAAUUAUUUGGUAAUACAGAUCCAUUAACUUUACCACCUCCGAGGAGUAAUGCAACUAUUUCCAACUCGAAAGUGACUUCUUCAUUGAAGAAUCCUCAUGAACGUCCACGAACAGUUGGUCUAUACGAGAUAGAGAAGCGAUAUCCACGGCCACAAACAUUGAUUAACAAAUACGACGACAAAUCGCGCGAUCUAGAAAGUAUGAUGUCUAGUCGAUCAUAUACAACAGAACAUAGUUUUGCACCCAUUCCGUCCAUUCCGUGCGUCUUUAUGCCGCCAUCCGAAGUCGAUCGAGCGAAACGAAACGCUUUCUCAGGCAUGCCUCUUCCUCGGUACACGGUCGUCGCCGAUCAACACGAUUUUCUCGAUUGA